AUGAAAAGGAAGAUGUGGUUUCAGAAUAUGAAGAUAAAAUUGAUUGUUGUGGGGAUCAUCAUUCUCAUAGGCUUUGUGAUAUUUUUGUCAUGCGGCAUUGGUAAAUUGCUCUAUCUCUUUGAGUUGCUUACCUUGUUAGGUUAUGCCCGUCCUGUUUUGCCAGCCAUUUUAGGAUGGGGUGGGGGAAGGGUAGAUAAAAUCAAUCACUAUCAUAUAUGUGCUCCAUGUAAUGUAAUGGAUCCUUAA